AUGAGAAAGAACAUUGAUAAUGAAGAUGAAUUGGAGAGGAAAGCGAUGUCAAGAAAUAAUCGAAAGGAAGACAAAGGAAGCCAGGAAGCCAAACGGGAAACAAGACCCCGAAAGAAGCAAAGCAGCGGCGUGGAAUCUUCCGUUGCGUCUCUUACUGGCAUCUACAUUUGCUCUCAUUUCAUAUUAGAUAUUUCCCAAAUAGAACUACCGAAAUCGCUUCGGAGCAGCAGUCACACUUGCGCAUCGAACGGAGAAAACGAGUUAUUUCAAAAGCAACGCCAUUUUGUUUCUAUCACAGUGAAGUCUCGCUUCAGCGCCACUCUCAUUAAGCUGGUGUUAAAGCGUGAUGCCACACAGUGUGACACAUCCUUUGCUCUCACACCAUCUGUCAAACACCCGGUUUUCUGCUUCAGUUUAAUGGAAGAAUAUAUUUCUCUGGAUGGACUCGAACCCUCACUUUUGCAGGUAAGUGGUGACAGUCCAAGCAGUAGUGACAUUUCAAGCAUUGGCGACAGUCCAAGCAGUAGUGACAUUUCAAGCAGCAGAUACAUUUCAAGCAGUUAUAACAGUCUGAGCAGUAGUGACAGUUCGAGCAGUAGUGACAUUUCAAGCAGUUGUGACAGUUCAAGCAGUAGUGACAGUCCAAGCAGUAGUGACAGUUCGAGUAGUAGUGACAGUUCAGCAGUAGUGAUACUUUAA